AUGAUCGUUGACUCGGGAGUCAAUAUUCCAAUACCUGCACCGAGUCGAAACACCCACUUGCAUUACUGUCAUUCGCGCGCAUAGCUCACGUUUACGCUACCAUCCUCCAGAGAGAAGCUCGCUAACGGGGGUGAUCACCAUGCCUGCCGAGGUAGACACCACCGACACCGUCGAUCUCAUUACUCUUUUCAAGUCUAUUGGUCUCACCCAAUCGAAGGCUGCAGAGGCGGCCAAGAGCCCUAGAAGCGCGAAGGCACUCAAAGAGAUCAUUGUGACCCAUGGCUUAGUGGAGAAGGAGCUUGAAGAUAAGCAAGCCGUGCUGUUAGCAAGUCUUGCCGUGCAGGGUGCAAAGCUUGACGAGGGCGAGCGUGGAUAUGCUGUUAAGGCCGUCUUGGAUGGACGAUUAAGGAGCACUGAUCAGGUUUCGGCUGCCACGAAAUACCUUGAAUCACAUCCAUUGCCCAUCGAUAGCAGCGACUUCGAUAGGGAAUGCGGAGUGGGUUUUACCAUCACGCCUGAACACCUCGCCGUCCGAGUCACGGAAUACAUUAGUCCCAGUGCCGCCUCUGGCUGGGCCAAUUUGGGUGCUGUGAUUAGUGGGCUCAAGAGCACUGACCUACGAUGGGCAAAUGCACUUGAGUUGAAGAAUGCUGUAGAACACGCAUUUACCGAGAAGUUUGGACCCAAAGCAGCGUCGAAGCCAAAAGGCAAGGAAGUGAAGAAGGAGACUGCCACGAAAGCUAUCAAACCCAGUGAGCUAAGUGCAUCCGCUUCCACCUCAAAAACGGUAUUCGCCGAAGGCUUCCUUGGACGUCUCCAUAAAGUUGGCGAGAACCCUCAGCUCCAUCCUCGUCUUCGCGAACAGCAUCUUGCUGCUACCGGCGGGCUUGUUCACACCCGUUUCCCUCCCGAACCCAACGGAUAUCUACACAUCGGUCAUUCCAAGGCUAUCUUCGUUAACUUUGGAUAUGCUCAAUACCACGGUGGCCGAUGCUAUCUGCGCUUUGAUGAUACAAAUCCGGAGGCGGAGGAAGGGCGGUAUUUUGAGAGCAUCCUGGAGACGGUGCGGUGGUUGGGCUACGAGCCGUGGAAAAUUACUUACUCAAGCGAUUACUUCGAUCGACUAUACGAGCUUGCCAUUGAGCUCAUCAAAAGGGAUAAAGGCUACAUUUGUCAUUGUACCGCUGAGGAGAUCUACGCGAACCGUGGAGGAGACGAACGUGGGCCUCGCAAAGCGUGUGUUCAUCGUAAUCGGUCUAUCGAGGAUUCGUUAGCAGCAUUCCAGAAGAUGAAAGAGGGAGCGUAUAAGCCUGGCCAGGCGAUUCUGCGGAUGAAACAAGAUCUUGAAUCUGGCAACACGAUGAUGUGGGAUUUGGUCGCGUAUCGGGUGCUCAAUGCAUCACAUCAUCGGACGCAUGACAAGUGGAAGAUUUACCCCACGUAUGACUUCACGCAUUGUCUAUGCGAUAGCUUCGAGAAUAUCACGCAUUCAUUAUGUACGACUGAAUUCAUCGCAUCGCGCGAGUCAUAUGAGUGGCUCUGUGAUGCGCUCGAGGUCUACAAGCCUCGUCAGUCUGAAUACGGCCGCCUGAACCUCACUGGCACCAUCAUGUCGAAACGCAAGAUUCUCCGGCUCGUAAAGGAGAAACAUGUGCUCGACUGGGAUGAUCCGCGCCUCUACACGCUCAUUGCGCUCCGUCGGCGAGGAGUGCCGCCAGGUGCAAUCCUCUCUUUCGUCAGCUCACUCGGUGUUUCCACUGCCACGACCAACAUCCAAGCUGUGCGCUUUGAGCAUUCAAUCAGACAGUAUCUAGAAGGCACCGUGCCGAGGUUACUCAUGGUGCUCCGUCCGCUCAAAAUCACGAUCGAGAAUCUGCCAGAAGAUUAUCUCCUCUGGCUGGAGAAACCCUUGCAUCCCAAGGUUCCCGAGCUGGGCACAUCAAAAGUGCCAUUCACGCGCACGAUUUAUAUCGAUGAGGAUGACUUCCGGCUGCAGGAUUCCAAGGACUACUUCCGACUCGCACCAGGGAAAACCGUGGGUCUUUUCCAGGCGCCGAAUCCGAUCACAUGCACCUCGUACAAGACAGAUUCCGCCACAGGUCAGGUCGUAGAGCUCAUUUGCCGGAUGGAGGAGGGAUCAACGAAGAAGCCGAAGGCGUUCAUCCAGUGGGUGGCCGAGCAUGCCCCAUCGGGCAGUCCGGUGCGCGUGGACGAGACUCGGAUUUUCUAUCAGCUAUUCAAGAGCGACAAUCCGUCUGCGGUAGAACCCGAUUUCACAGCCGACAUCAACACUGACAGUCUGGAGGUGGUUAAGGGCGCCAUGGUCGAGGUCGGCUUCUGGCUGCUUGCAAAGCGAGCGUAUAACGAGGCGAUCAAGGAGAGCGAGGUGCGCACGGAGAAGGCUUUGAAGGAUGCUGCAGCGACGGCGCAGGCUACGACCGAGGAUGAUGACACACCCAAGGCGACCAGCGAGCAGCUCGUGGGCAAAGAGUGCAUCAGGUUCCAGGGGUUGCGUGUGGCUUACUUCGCCGCAGACAAGGAUGCACGGCUGGCAUGUCUAGGAGAGGAUGAGGGAACGGAGCCUGCACGGCGGGAAGGAGAUUAUUUAGUGCUCAACCGCAUCGUGAGUCUGAAGGAGGAUUCCGGCAAGGCCGCUUGAUUGGCGAGUAUAGGUAGAUGGUGCGCUAACGUAGAUGUAGUCGCAUAUACAGUCAUGAUGACUGGUCGAGUGCUAUUCCUGAUGCUCCAGUUCCCCUGCGUCGAAUGGCUUAAAACACCAACCAUGAGCCGUACCCUAAUCUGGAUAUGCAUGUUCACGCGGGCUUGUCUCUGUCCUGCUCAUACUGGGCUUGAAAGUUAAUACAUCAGCUAUUGCCAUUAAUCUUAUACAAGAGACAUGCCCGGGCGAUCAACGUAGUCGAGGAUGCAGGCCGACCAUACGCUUUGGUAGAAGCUUGUUCUCAUCCUCGUACUGUAUGAUUUCAGCUUC